UUCCAGGAUGGUCCCCACUAUCAGUGGUAGGGAUGGUGGUGUUCCCCGUGGCUUUUCUGUAUACGGGCCAGUUCAGCCAGAUCAUGUAUCUGGUGUCCGUGUUCCCGGAUAAGGUGGACUCCUUCAAAGCUUUCAACUGCAUCAGCUCGACUUGCGUGCCGUUGUCCAAGUAUAUUUUUAUGUGGACUUCAAGGAACCGCCUCAGAACAAUAAUGAAAAUGAGCCACCAGGGUCUCGGGGUGCUUCCAGAAGGAAGUCCAGCUCGAGCUCGCAUGCUGCAUACUCUCCACAAAGCACAAGGCGUCACCUGGCUCGUGAUACUCAAUCAGGCUGUCAUACACAUCGUUUACUUGCUGCUACCGAUCUUCUUAACUGUCUUUAUGAACGAGAGAUAUCUGCCAACGACUCCCGGGGAAUCUUAUGGCCUCACUCCUAAAUACGAAACCCCGUAUUACGAAGCCACGUUCGUAAUAACCAGUGUUGCUGCCGCGUUUUCUGCCAUCAACCAAACUGGCUACAUAGUCCUCUUCGUUACGCUGGUCGCCCACGAACUUGGACAUUUCUACGUCAUCACCGAGACUUUCAACGAAAUCUACAAACUUUCAAGUGUCAACGGAGAGGAAAGCGAUGAUUCGAGUAAAGAAAUAGAUGAAAAGCUGACGUUUUGCAUCAAACACCAUCAAUUUCUUAUUAAAUAUCACGGGAAAAUAAGUAAGCUUUAUCAAGCUAUAUUCGGAGCUCAAUUUCUCAUGAUGAUAAUCGUAUUAGUGACAACGCUACAGACGAUGUACUAUUGGGAUUUUAGUAACACGAUUCUAACAGGCGUCACCGGUAUUAUGCCUCUGACUAUUUACUGUUUUGGCGGGGAGUUGAUGAUUUCGGCGGCUGAAAAUAUGUCGGAGGCUAUUUACUCUUGUGGUUGGGAGAUGAUGGAGCCAAGACAAGCUAGGGCCGUAGGCUUAAUCCUGUGCAUCUCUCAACGACCUCUGCACCUUACUGCAGCCGGGUUUACGACUAUGAACCGAGACACCUUUGCAAACGUAGUGCAAGCCGUUUACAAGAUUUACGCAGUUUUUAAUUAAA